AUGGAGCCCCCGCACUCAAGACAAAGGCCAGGGCUGCAACCAGCCUACCGGGGCUACAGCCAGAUGCCCUGGAUCAGGAACCAGGUGUGGAGGUUAGAUCCUGAUACCUUUUACUUCCAGUUUCACAACCUGCUCUAUGCCAACGGGCGGAACUGCUCCUACAUCUGCUACCGGGUGGAAAGAAGGAAACACCGCUCAUAUGUCUCCUUCGACUGGGGGGUCUUUCAUAACCAGGUAAAUGCUGGGACUCGCUACCACACCGAACUCCACUUCCUGUCUUGGUUCUGCAGCAUGAAGCUGCACCCUGACGAGUGUUACCACAUCACCUGGUACAUGUCGUGGAGCCCCUGCGUGAAGUGCGCGAAGCAGGUGGCUAACUUCCUGGCGAGGUACCGGAAUGUGACGCUCAGCAUCUUCGCUGCCCGCCUCUACUACUUCCGAGACGUGGCGUACAGGCAGGGGCUGCUUGGGCUGAGCCACCAGGGGGCCAGGGUGUACAUUAUGUCCUACCGAGAAUUCAAAUACUGUUGGAAAAAGUUUGUAGACAGUAAGAGGAGGCGCUUCAAGCCUUGGAAGAAACUGAACAUAAAUUAUCACCGGCUGGUUGCAGAGCUCGAGAACAUUCUCAGAAACACAAUGAACCUGCUAAGAGAAGCUCUGUUCAAGCAUCAGUUUGGCAACCAGCCCCGGGUCCCACCACCUCACUACCGAAGGAAAACCUACCUGUGCUACCAGCUGAAGCAGCUUGACGACUCAACGCUUAACAGAGGCUGCUUCCGAAACAAGAAGCAGCAGCAUGCAGAAAUUCGCUUUAUUGACAAGAUCAACUCACUGAAUCUGGACCGGAGGCAGAGCUACAAAAUCAUCUGGUAUAUCACAUGGAGCCCUUGCCCGAGAUGUGCCAGUGAGCUGGUCGAUUUCAUCACCAGAAAUGACCACCUGAACCUGCAGAUCUUUGCCUCCCGCCUGUACUUUCACUGGAAAAAGCCGUUCCAGAGGGGGCUGCAGCAACUGCAGGCAGCCGGGAUCUCAGUGGCUGUCAUGACCCACUCAGAGUUUGAAGAUUGCUGGGAAGAGUUUGUGGACAAUCAGUCAAGGCCCUUCCAGCCCUGGGAGAAGCUGCAGCAAUACAGUGCGAGCAUAACACGAAGGCUCCAGAGGAUCCUGAUGUUUCCUGGCAAUCAAAGCUUUCUCAUUCCUCUCUCAACAGGCCCCAAUUUAGAAAAGAUCUUCAGAGGCUUGAGCAUCAGACUUUUAUCCCCUUUGUUAUUAAGAAGUGACUCAAGAUGA